GUAGUGAAGUUUUUCAUAGAACUUUAAUUAGUUAAGUAAAGUUCAUAAAGGCCUAAGCACAAGUUCAAGACUGUGAGAUAAGAUUUUUGCAGUCUUAGGACUGAAAAAUAUUAGGAUGACUGGAGCACGAUUGGAGGUUCAGUGGUCUCCUGUGCACCCUGACAAGUUUAUUACUUGGGGCACUGAAAUUCAUCUUUACGAGACACUGCCGAGGAGUAGUGCUCCAAAAUCAGCAUGUGUCCCGAUAUCAGAUGGCGCAGUGGCUCAUUUGUUAGCCACAAUUGCCAACCAUCACUAUGUCAAAUGUGUGGACAUCUACCCGCAGCCGGAGCAGGACAUAUUGUUGGCUGUUGGACAAGCCAAUGGGAAGGUCGUUCUCACCAGUUUUGGCCCCUCGGCCUUCGAUGCAGUCGGUCUUACGGGAAUGGAGCUAGCUCCUAAACAUGCAAGGCAGUGCCACGCGGUAGCUUGGAACCCCUCCCAGCCGUCCAUGAUAGCUGCAGGCUACGACAAGUACCGUACGGACCACUCGGUGCUGCUGUGGGACGUGCUGCGACCGUCCGACCCCUCCCUCUACAUCCGGCCAAUUGCAGAGCUGGGUCUGAGUGACACAGCACACUCGCUCGUCUGGCUACCUCACCAGCCUCGCUCUUUGGUCAUUGGCAUGAACAACAAACAUCUUAAACUGGUCGACCUCAGGGACUCGUCAAAGGCGUCCAACUCGGCACCAACCAAAGCCGUGUACGGUGUUGCAGUGUCUCCGCACAAUGAUCACCAGCUGGCGUCUUUCUAUGAGAACCAGAUAGCCAUCUGGGACAUGCGCGGCUUUGAGAAGCCCGUCCUCACACUCACGCAGGCCAAGAUAGUGAACAAGGUCAUCUGGUGCCCUACAAGACAUAACCUCCUCGGUUCACUACAGAGAGAUUCCACAGUAAUUCAUCUGCAUGAUGUACAACAGUCGAUGGACGAGACGGAGCCGUCAGUGUUAGAGCGCAGCGUACAACCGCGCAGUGCAGACGACAUCAUCACUGCGUUCUCCUGGCAUCCCACUCACGACAAUAGGCUGAUUACCGCUUCAUUGUCAGGUGCUUUGACAGACUACACAGUGUUUGAGCGAAUGACAGUGAACUGGUCAAGCGGCAGCCAUGUUGUGUGGACGUUCGGCCGACGCACACUCAAACUGAUCAGUGAUAAAGACACCAUAUAUGACAACUUUGAGGAUAUCAGCACCAAGAUCAAGUACAGAGCUACUGUGGGUUAUGGACUAAAGGAUGAACUUUGGCAGAAUGGAGAACUAGCAGACGACGAGGAGCUGAAGAACCUGUGGCACUGGCUAUACUGUAGUCGCAAUCUGGUACAGGACGGCUACAUAGAGAGUAACGGAUCUACUAGACAUCCUGGCAUCAGGCAAGUAUUGGGACUAGACAGCGGAGGUUCUGUAGCCAACAAGUCUGAAGCAAUCAUGUUGCCCUGGGUUGACAGCACUCAGACUCCAGUAAAAGUUUACAGGAGUGAGGACCGAGACAGAGCGUUGCAGCUGUGUGGUUGGCUGUUUGAGCGAGACACAACAGCUUUGUCAGUGUUCCUGGAGCGGCUAGAGGCCGAUGGAGAUGUUUGUCGCGCAGCAGCCAUCGCAGUGUUCAACCUGCGACUACGAGUCGCCAUCGACAUCCUCACCAGGGCCCAGCAUGACAACCUCAGUGUGGUAGCCAUGGCUCUGUCAGGCUACACAGAUACUAAGAGCAGCUUGUGGAGAGAGUUGUGCAUGUCUUCUCGCACUAAUUUGUCUGAUCCUUACCUGCGAGCAAUCUUUGCAUUCCUGACGGCCGAGGGAGACAACUACGAUGGUGUCUUGAACGAGGUGGGUAUGGCAGUAGAGGACAGGGUGGCGUUUGCUUGUAUGUUCCUGUCCAACGUGCGACUAGCUGAGUAUGUAUCUUCUCUGUCGGCGGGGCUGGUAGAGCGGGGCAGACUAGCGGGGAUGUUACUGACAGGAGCGGGGGCUGACUGUAUACCACUACUGCAGCACUACCUAGACAACACGGGGGAUGUGCAGAGUGUCGCUCUGGUCGCUACUUGCACCUUUUCAUCACAACUGCUGGACAAGGACACUCAGGUGCAGGACUGGAUCAACAGCUAUCGCAACCUGUUGAACAGCUGGCGUAUGUGGAACCACCGUGCACGUGUGGACAUCUCGCUGAGCAUGCGCAACCCCGGUACCAAGCCGCAACAGCAGGUGUUUGUCAGCUGUAACUUCUGCGGCAAAAGUGUAUCAGCGUACAUGCAGGCCAACGCCAUGAACCGAGGCCAACUCGCCAGACUAGGCACCACCAGCAAUAAGCUCAAGAUGACGUGUUGUCCGAACUGUCGUAAGCCGCAACCCCGUUGUGCCAUCUGUCUAGUCAACAUGGGUACGCCGUCGACCUACGAUGGUACUCGGUCACCCCCUCGGACACCCCCCUCCACUCGACUGUCCCCCCUCAGCUCCUGGUAUACGUGGUGCCAGACUUGUAGACACGGAGGUCACGCGUCGCACAUCACCCAGUGGUUCAGAGAGCAUUCAGAAUGUCCUGUGACAGCAUGCACUUGCCGCUGCCUCAGUCUUGAUACUUCCAGCAAAAUGUCCUCCAUAGCAUCUGUUAUUUAGUUGAAAAACCUUCAGGAUCAUCUUCAUUCUAUAACUUUGAUGAAUGCAUGCAUGAUUUCGAUUUGUAUAUAGAACAAAGUUCAGUGAUCAUUUUAGUGUUAUUAGUGGAAGAAUCAAGAGAUUUGUAUUUUAUAUAUUUUUUAAAUAUUGUUAAACCUUGUGGAAUAGCAGGCAGUGUAAUAAUAUGUAAUGUAAAAGCGAUAGACCAAAGUUCAUUUUGGACUUUUUUGUUGGUUUAUCUGCUAGAUAUGAAUGACUGAAUGGUUUUAGUAAAAAGUGUAUCAGUGUUAACAUGUAGCCUAAGUUAUUUUUUCAGUAAUUGGAAUUCCUUGCAUCCGAGAGUUUGUAGUACAAUCGGCGUUGAAUUUGUAUCAUUUUAUUAUAUUUAUAAUUUAUUUGGUGCCCGAAUAGACAACAGAUCGGUAACUUGUAUUUGUAAGUUGAGAAUAUUGUAUUUUUUCUAUUGUCUGUUUGUUAUUAAUAUUGUUUUUUUUUUUACUAUCUAUAUCAAAAAGCCAUUGAGCCGUAUUUUAUAUCCAGUAUAAUAUUUGACAUAAAAUCAAUGCCUAAUUUAAAUUCCAUUGGUAGUAACUUUUUUCUAAUAUCAAAGGUGUGGUAGUGGUUCAGUGCUGUCUAUUUUUCUCUUGGAUCCUGCACUUUUCUAUUUGAGAAUUCAAUGUUGGGUUUUAUAUGAACCUUUUAUGUUUUUAAUACUGUUUAAAAGAUUUUUGUUAAGAAUUUCAAUCCAUGGACAUAUUUCAUGGUUAGUAAGAGGUUUAAAGAUAUUUCUUUACCUACCUGAAACCGGAAUUUGUUUUUUUCUCCAGAUCUGGAAAUGUGUUUUACUUAUCACUAGCUGUUACCCACGGGCUUCACCCCGGUUUGACUUCAUAAGUAUUAAACAAAACUAUUGAUUGGUUAAGUUAAGCUGAAAUAAAUAAAACAUAAUACAGUAAUACAAACAAAUAAUCACACCUGAUUUUAAUAAGGUAAUACAUUGAUAAAUUGAAAGAAUAACAAAUAAGUACAGCUGAGGUAUUUUUAACAUUAGGUAUAUUGAAAGUUCCCUUUAGAAAGGAAUUACGACCUUAAAGGGCAAUUUAUAAAAUAAUGGAUAGUUUUGUGCAAAGUUUCUCGUCUUGACGAAGAUUUUAAGUGUAUAUGGUUUAUGGGGUCUCAUGACUUUUAGUUUUCUCAAAAGUUCAUGGGUACUUUGGGAUUUAUAUAUGGAUUUAUGGAAAAUGUCUGCAAUAAUCCUUUAAUUAUUGUAAUAUGAGCUCAAUAUCACCAAUGCAUUUUAAACAAUGGGUUUGAUCAUAGCCUCCUUUUAAUAAAAGGCCGCAGCAAGACAUAAGUGGCAACACCGGUGUCCAGUUAAACCGAAACAGCUGUUAUACUAAUUUAUAAUGGAGAGUAUAUAGACAAUGUUUACGUUUACACUUUUGUUAUUUCUUUUUACCAUGGCAAUAGGCAUGACGGUGUGACGCUGCGGCCUUGUAUUAGAGGAGGCUAUGGUUUGACACACAUAUUUUUAUGUUUUACAGUAUUUGUAUAACUUUUAUAAUUUUUGUACGAGGCUUGUCCAGAAAGUAAGUACCGUUUCAAUCUACCGCCAGCACUGUGCCAACAACGAUGUUACGCUCAUGCGCACUAGUCUCCUUGGUUUAUGGUCGAACAGCUGACGCAAUUACGGCAGAAUUGAAUUUUGUUUACAUUAGUUAGUUUGCGCUCAAAAUGUUCGAAACAAUUUCUGAUCCCGCGGAAGUAGAGUUAGUUCUGUAAUACGCUUUUUAACGCAAGGAAGGUGCGGAAGGCUGCUGAAAUUCAUCCCCGACUUACAGAAGUUUAUGAAGAAAAAGUUAUCAGUGAUGGAAUGUUAUGAAAAUGAUUUCGGCAAUUUAAUGAUGGGCGAACGAAUGUUCAGUUUGACGAGGCUCGCUUGCGGGCAGCCGUUAGUCAGGAAUUGGUUGAAAAAGAGAAUGAAAAGAUUCUCGAAAACAUACGUUUUACCAUAAGAAUGCUUUCUGAUGAAUUACCACAAAUUUCAAAAUCUCUUUUGCAUGAUAUUUUGGUAUAUCGCUUGAAUUAUCACAAGAUGUGUUCCCGAUGGGUUCCGAAAAUGCGUAAGGCAAUGUUUCUUGCAAUGGCGGCAUCUCCUGCCAAGAGGGUUUUUAAAAGUUGGUUCCUCACCACGACAAAUCUGUAAACAAUGGUGGAAACUAUGUAGAAACAUUGUUUAAGAUAUCCUCUUUCUUGUAGAAAUAAAUUUUGUUGAAAAAAAAUUGUCUGUAUGUUUUAUCCAAAACGGUACUUACUUUCUGGAUAAGCCUUGUACUAAUGUGUAGCAGUUAGUUAAUCAUAAAAAAAUGUGCUAUUUUUGAUUAUUUAUUUAAUAUUUUGAUUGAAAUGCAAGGCCAAUAAUUCAAUUGUUGUUUGUAAUUUUUCCUUUUAAUAUUUUUCUAUAUAAGAUUCAUAUAGGGCUAACUAAGAUUAAGUAUGUCUGAUCUAUUAUGAAGUGUGCCUUAUUUGUUAGUUGUAAAUAUUUGUACAUUUUGAUAAGUAAUAAGACAAUAGUCUUUGAACCUUUUGGUUGUAAGUACAUUGUUAGACUGUGUAGAAAAUGAUUUGAUACAACUUAUUGUUUACAUUUUACAACACUUAUUAUUCACAAUUUAUUUAUUGUUUUAUUAUUUUAUUUUCAAUUUCUCAUCAGUCCAAGUAAUUAGGUAAUUGUGUAAAAUUGUAAAAUAUUACUCUUAGAAUAAACUAUGUGUGCAUUGUUUUAAACUUUUAUACUGCAUACCAAAACUUAAAAAUGUAAAACUCUGAAUCUUGUUGUAUAAAAAUGUGUAUAUUUUAGACCUCAUGAUCAUACAGUUU